AAUGGUUAUUGACGAUUUCGAUCCAACAGGUCGAGAAUUGGCGCAGUGGCGUUCGGAAUCGGCAUGAUUCAAUUUAUUUGUUAGAUGUGUUAUUAUCGAACGGUUAGAAUUUAUUUGUGCUAUUGUAUUGUCGGUGACAUGGCGUUGGUUACCGGAAAUUUGUAGAUUUGCAGUGAAUAAUCUGAGUAGCUGAACUUUGGCUUUGCUGAAGCGUGACUCAUGACGCAAUUUGACCUCUUCAUUUGCUGCAGGCUUUUCAUUUGAUAGCGUUACUUGAGGUGUGUCGUUCAUAUCGCCAACAUGUUACUACACUAAAGCGUUCUGGGGACAAUCAGCCUUCAACUAUGGCGUCCUCAAGGACAUUUUUCGUCGAUCGUACGUUUGUUUUUUUGAUUCUGUAUUUACUUCAAGUAAUACUUGGCAUCGAAAGUGUCCCGUUAGGACAACACACGCCUCCCGAUGCAGGCUGUGAUUUGAUUGGGAAAUUUUCGAGCCCAGGCGUUUUCUAUGAGCAUUUUAUGAAGCCAGGGAUUCCCUUGAUUAUGAAAUCCGUGUUAGAAGAUGUCGAGUUUCCUGCUUAUUUGAACUGGAAGGACGAUGAUUACCUCAGAUCUAAUUUUGGAAGUGAAAAGAUGAAAGUUGAAAGCCAAAAGAAAGAGAAUCGUUUAAAAGAAUCUGUAAAGCUGAGUCUUGAUGAAUUUUUGGACAUUUACCGCAAGAAGCCAGUUUAUCUCAUUGAUAGUAUUACACAGAAAAUGAAAGAUGAUAUGAUGUUGCCAUUGACUCUCCAGUGUGGAGGUUUUGAACGUUCUAUACAUGACGUAGUUUUAUGGUUUAGUAGCGGUGGUACGAGUUCCGUGUUACAUCGUGACCCGUUAAAUAAUCUACUGUGUAUUUUAGAUGGUAGCAAGGAGUUAUUGCUCAUAGAUAAAAAGUACAAGUCUGUUGUGGAAUCGGUAGGAUUUGUAGAAAAUGGUGAAUAUAGUAAUAUAGACGUAGACAACGUCGAUAAAAAGAAAUACAAAGAUUUAUUGAAUUUGCCUUGGAUUAAAGCCCAUGCGGAGAAAGGAGACUGUAUUUUUAUUCCUCAAGGUUGGUAUCAUCAAAUACGGUCAAAUGGAAGAAGAAAUAUGGCUGUCAACUACUGGAUUUCGCACCGCUGGUGGUUCGAUCAUCCCAGCUGUCGCCUGUUCGAGAAAUUUAAUAAAACUGAACCAAUCAAUAAAUAUCCCUACGCAUCACCAAAUGAAUUUGUCAGGUACAAGAUGUUAGAAGCGUAUAAAGAUUUAGAUAUCGUUGCUAAAAAUAACUUUCUUGAACCAAAUGUUGAUAAAACCAAACGACUUAAAUUGUUUGAGUUCAUAAAUUUGGAUCGUGACACCUAUCUCACUUGGGAAGAGUUGUACAAUUUUGAUAUUGAUGCUGCUGUGACGAAAUUCUCUGAUGUUCUGGCCCAAGAUUACCGACGACCAGAAGAAUUUGUGAAUGACGAAACUGAAACAAAGGCAGAAGAAGGGAGUAAGGAAGAUAUAAAAAAUAAUGAAUCGAAGGUCCAAAAAGAUGAGUUAUGAGGUCCUAAAAAAGUAUUUUGUAAAACAUGUAUUCCAUUAUCAACUAAUAAUGGGUUGGUUAAUGUCGACCCAAAAAUGUUGAGUUUCUAUCUUGUGACAUUAAGAUUAGUCUCCAAGAAAGAUUAUUCAGAGUUUGAAGUUUCAAAACGUCUUGACGUGAGAACUCAGAACAUUUAAAAUUUGCUCUGAACAUUUGAAAUUUGAGAACUCAGAACAUUUAAAGGUUGAGAACUCAAAACAUUUAAAAGUUGAGAACUCAGAACAUUUAAAAGUUGAGAACUCAGAACAUUUAAAAGUUGAGAACUCAGAACAUUUAAAAGUUGAGAACUCAGCAUUUGAGAUUUCAGAACAUUUGAAAUUUGAGAUUUCAGAACAUCUGAAAUUUGAAGAAUCUGAACAUUUGUAAUUUAAGAACUCAGAAUAUUUGAAAUUUGACAACUCAGAAUAUUUGAAAUUUCAGAACAUUUGAAAUUUGACAACUCUGAACAUUUGAAAUUUGACAACUCUGAACAUUUGAAAUUUGACAACUCUGAACAUUUGAAAUUUGAGAACAUAUCAGAAUAGUGUCAAUGAUCAAGGAACAUUCCAUAGAUGAAAACAUUCCAAGAAAUGAACAUUUGAACUAGUUUGAAAAUGUCCGAGAUUAGAAUUGAAAAUAUUUUGAGAAAAUGAUCAUAACAAUGUCGGCUAGUCAAUGAAUCUGAAAACAUUCCUCAGAUAAAAACAUUCCACAGUGCUAAAAAUCAAAUAUUAAUUAAACUGCCACCGGUGAAAUCUAUUCCGUUGACCUCAGAUAAGCGAACAAUUUAACUUUUUUGGGCCAUUAUGCAAAAAGUUUCAAGAUGGUGUUAUGUGAACAUUCUAAAUACUAAAAUCUAGUCCAGAUUUUAAAAGUUGUAGAUUCCAGUCCAAUUUGAAAAAUUGUUAGAUUGUGUUUCGUCAAGGGUCUACAUAUCUCUAGCUUCAAGGAUUCGCAGAAUGUGUUUUCUAGCUUCAAGGAUUCACAGAAUGUGUUUUCCAGCUUCAAAGCUUCAGGUUUGAGUAGGUAAUAUGGCAGGUUUGUAGGAAUGAUUCUAAUAUUGAGAUUGGUGAGAAGAAGCCAUAGAAGUAUUUUAAAAAUAUCUUAGUUUUAAAAUUCGCUGUUAGCCAAUGAAAAGGGCUGUAUUUAAAAUAUUUCACUCUUAGCCAAUGAAAAGGCUGUAUUUUAAAAAUAUCUUAGUUUUAAAAUUCACUCUUAGCCAAUGAAAAGGCUGUAUUUUAAAAAUAUCUUAGUUUUAAAAUUCACUCUUAAACAAUGAAAAGGUUGUAUUUAAAAUAUCUUAGUUUUAAAAUUCGCUGUUAGCCAAUGAAAAGGUUGUAUUUUAAAAUAGUUUAGUUUUAAAUUUUGCUCUUAGCCAGUGAAAAGGCUGUAUUUUAAAAUGUUUUAGUAUUUGUAAAUAAGACCUUCUAAUUGGAAUUAGAACUAUAUUAUUAUUUCCAAGCCAGUUAUUCAGUUGAUCACUGCAUCUGAAUAGAUGGAUCCAGAUUAAAAACAUUUUUAACCCCUUUAGAUAGUCUUUUAAAAAUUGGGGGGUUGGAUGGCUGAAUGGUUAGCGUGCGCGCGCUGUAUCAUAAAGUCUGUCAUUGAGUCGACUGGCGUGGUUUCGAAUCCCCGGUUGUACGUGACAAGGAGUAGGGUCGCCUGUCCAACCUCGUGGGUUUUCUCUGGGUCCUCCGGUUUCCUCCCACUGCUAAAGACUCCUACGCGCAAACGAAUUAUUGAAAUAAAAUUAAACCAUAUGUUAGUCCCGAAAUGACCUAGUUUGUGUCGAGUGGAUGUUAAACUCCAUUUCUCUCUCUCUCUCUCUUUUAAAAAUUUUAUCUAUUUAUCUACCGUAAGACUUCAAUCCCAAUUUCAUUUAUUUUCUGUCUUGAAAAGGAUGUGAAUUUUUCAUUGUGUAGCAACUAUGCUCAUAACCCAACCCUAAAUCUAACCUUGUGGGUUUUCCUCCCACUGCGAAAGACUCCCCCACGCACAGUCAAAUUUUUUGAGAAAAAAAAAUUAAACCAAAAGAAACCUAGUAUGUGCCGCAUGGAUAUUAAACCCUAUUUCUCUCUCUCUCCGUCCCUCUUUCUCUCUCUAAACCUUAACCCUCAGUCCCGGUAAAUGCUUCAUUAUUAAAAAUUUUGGUUUGUUUUAAUGGAAUUAUCAAUCCGGUUAUUUCGUUUGUCAGGAACCAGCAACUUACACCAUUGAUUUAUAAUCGAUUACGAAAUGUAUCUCUGUUUUUAUCUAUAAAUAAUUUUUGUAUUAAAAGUGUUCGUGAAAGUUACUAUACCAAUUUUAACAAAUGCAAUUGAAAUAAUGAAGUCAAAACAUUGAAUAUUAAAUCCAUUAAAUUGGCACCAAAUUUGACCUUUGACCUCAUUUACCCUAAGCUACUUUUGGAAAUGUGACAUACAUGUACAUGUCACACUGGGCUCCAAUGUUUGUAAAGUGACAAGAACAUAAGGAUUUUCAAAAGUAUAUUCAACUUUAACUUUGCCAUAUUCAAAACAAAACCACAUUAUGCUGUGGCUUCAGACUUUACUACACUGCCCUCGAAGCUACUUCUCAGACUAUGCCUUUUCCACCUGGCAUGCAAGCUAGUCUUCAGUCUGAUAACCCUGAUCCAAACAAUGUCAUUGAUAAGAUUCACACCAAACAUAGGUCAGCAGUCUGACCUCCUUCUGCUAUAUCCGAAUCCAAACUUGGGACCCAAAUACAACGGCCCAUCAAAGUCACUGGCACUAUUUCUUGUGGAAUGCCAUGAAUCAGUUGCUUCCCUCUACAAAACAAAGUCUAAUCCCACACUUGGAACACUGGGUGGUGGUCUGUUGUCCUCACUUGUUUUACAACGCCCCCGCUUCUAUACUUUGACUAACCAGUGUCUGUAUUUGUCAAAGCAGAUCGAGUGGACGUUAAACCCCAUUCCUCUCUCUCUGCUCUGUCAAAGCAGUUACCUACAAUGCUUGCAAGAUGGUCAACUGUUCCACUGAAGUAGAUGAAUUUACCUACAAUGCUUGCAAGGUAGUCAACUGUUCCACUGAAGUAGGUACAGUUACCAAGAUGGUUGUCUGGGUCAUUUCCAAUUUUCCAAGUUUCUGUUUGCAAAAGUUGUUUAAACUUUCGUAAGUUGUUUAAAGUUUCCCAAGGCUGUUUAAACUUGCCUAAGUUGUUUCCACGUGCCCGAGUUGUUUCCGAUUGCUGUAACCUUGUUGGUUACUUUUCCUUGGAUCAAGGCCGAGAGCCUCUAGCUUGUCUUGCGAGGGACUAGGUAUGGAUAACUCCCAAACCUUCUAGACCACCCGUUGUGAAAACGGUCUAAUUCCAGGUAUUGUUCUGGCUGGAUCGUUGGUUGUCUAGUGGUUAGGACUAUUCUUCUUUAAUUGGAUCGUUUCCAGUUCCACGGGAUAAAAUAUCACAAUACCCAAAUGGGUUUAAUGUCGUUUAUAGUUCUGUUAGGCACAUACAAUUUUUACAAAAGAUUGGUAGGUCUCACACUCUUGACAGAAUUCAAAAUAAAUUGUACUUAACACUACGUACGUUUACAGCAAUAAACUUCACGUCCGAUAAAUUCCUAAUUAAGAAUAUCGUACUAGUUAGAUUACGUUAAUAAUCUAACCUGCCUACGAUGUAGAAACGUGUCGGUCAAGACUGAGAGCCGUAUCUUGACUUGCUGUACGUACCUGAUAUCUAUCCUAUUGUAGACCAAAAUCUAAGACAAAAAUUUGAGAAUUAAUUUAGAGCUUAUAAACCUUAUGGUUAAUUUUGUUAUAAAUGACACGAAAGUUACGAACAACUCGCUUACAACUUUGCAUGUCUAUAUAGAAGACAUAUAGGUUGUUAUUCACCGAAUUUAUAUGAUAUGAUUUAUGUAGAAAUGACCAAGUUACAUAGUUGUAUCAUUAAGCUAAUAGAAUCUGUCAAAUGGGUGAUCUCUUAAAUUUAGAAUAUACAUAAGUUCGUCAUUAUAUAAUUUCCUCUUAAGGCCAGACCAAUUUAUUUUCUUGUUUUACGGAUUUUUUCUGGAAAAAUCUGUAAAGGCAGGAGGGAAAAAAAAAAAAAAAAAAAAAGACCAAAA